UCAUUACAGUGCCAGGAGCCGGGCUCCUCUGGUGCUUUUUUCAUGCAGGACAAGGAGAAAGUUUCAUGGCUUAAACUCUUAAGAUUUCAGGAGACCUGCCACAAAGGAGAAAUCUCUGUUUUUCUCUUGGGGAGGCUGGCCAGUCAGAAGAAAGGCCAAAGAAGGUUUGAGGUUGGUGCUCAUGAACAGGGCUUCCAACUUCUAUCGCCAUGGACUGGAAGACAUUACAGGGCCUGUUGAGUGGAGUGAACAAAUAUUCCACUGCUUUUGGCCGCAUCUGGCUCUCGGUGGUCUUCGUUUUUCGUGUCCUUGUUUACGUGGUAGCUGCUGAGCGGGUGUGGGGAGAUGAGCAGAAGGAUUUUGACUGCAAUCACAGGCAGCCUGGUUGCACCAAUGUCUGCUAUGACCAUUAUUUUCCCAUCUCCCAUAUCCGUCUCUGGGCACUGCAGUUGAUUUUUGUCACCUGUCCAUCUCUGCUCGUCAUCAUGCACGUGGCCUAUCGUGAGGACAGAGAGAGGAAGAACCGGGAAAAAAAUGGGGAAAACUGCCCCAAAUUGUAUAGCGACACCGGAAAGAAACAUGGUGGUCUUUGGUGGACUUAUCUCCUUACACUCUUCUUCAAAUUGGCUAUUGAGAUCAUCUUCCUUUAUCUCCUCCAUAGAAUAUGGGACAGUUUUGACCUGCCACGCCUGGUCAAGUGUGAUCUGCAUCCUUGCCCCAAUACAAUUGAUUGCUACAUUGCUCGGCCUACUGAGAAGAAGAUUUUCACUUAUUUUAUGGUAGGGGCAUCAGCUCUUUGCAUUGUCCUCACCGUGUGCGAGAUCUUCUAUCUCAUCUUCAAGAGAGUGGUCCGCUCAGCGCAGAAAUGGAAGAAGAACAAGAAGUCACUGACAUACAGCAAGGCCUCCACUUGUCAUUGCCAUUCAAGGAUGGAACACUCACAGGACGGGAAAUUAAAGAAUCACCCCUUGGAAGCCCUCAGAGCUUCUGCACCUAACCUGACUUUAAUCUGAGAGGGAGAAGAAGCAAAUCCAAAAUGGCCCCAUGCCAGGACACAUAAAUAGUUUUUUAAACAUGAAAUGGGGAAAGAGGACUUGACAUCGAGGCCUUCCAUUGUAUCACUAACCAAAUUUUCCUCAAGAGAAGGGCCACAAUGAUUGAAGGGGAGCACUGCCAUGUUUAUUCAGGCCUCAAGGCAAGGCCAUCUGUUUACACAUUAUAGCUAAACUAAGCAUGCACACUUAAUAUGCUCUGGCAAACUAUGUUGUCUGGUUCCCCAAACCUUGCUAGAAAAGUUGCAACCAUCUACAUCCUCAGGUUAUGCUUUCUACUUUUCCAAACUAUCUCAGAAGAUAGGUAAACAUCUGUGUACAAUAUGUUGUGGUCUUUAAAGCCUGUAAGAGCCGAAGUCUAUGACCUUGGAUUUCUUCCACUGAUUUAUUUAGUUGUUAAUAGAGUUGUUUAUAAAAAGAGACUCACUGGUUGUCUGGGAAGGAGAGGGGUAAAUUAAUUAGGAAAAUUCAGUAAACAUGCAUUAUUUAACCCAGAUGUCCUCCCUUCUCUUUCAGGCCACAAUUCUCAGAAAUGACCAAUCCCAAUGUGGCCUGCAAAGCAGGCUAAACAAAUCACACUGAAAAGUUGUUUUAGCCGAAUUUCCUCUCUUGAAUUUCACCUGGAGGAAAUCCACUAUGAAUUUGGAGUUCUUGUUGAGAACAAAAAUAUCUGAGGAACUCCAAGGGAAGCAAAGUCUUGCUAUGCAAAAUUUUGCAAGGUAGAGGAGAGAUUCUGCCUAUACCAUUCCUACUCCAUUUAU